GCGGUUUUCCUUCUUUUAUUAGUAUAAAUACGAGGGUUUCUUCUUGUCUUGGAUCUGUAAACCAGAGAAUAAACACCAACCAUGGCCGCAAUGGCAUCAAAAUUUUGGCAGAGUGACAGUGAUGCUGACGAAUAUGAGAGUUCCGGAACAGAGUCUGAACCAGAGGAGCCGGUCCAAUCGGGGGAAUCCCGACCCCCUAAGGACUAUUAUACUAGUGCGAGUGAGCCUGAGAGUGAAGAUGAGAAGCGUGUUGUGAAACCUGUAAAGGAGAAGCGAUUCGAAGAGAUGAGGAAUACCAUCGAUCAGAUGAAAAAUGGUAUGAAAAUUAAUGAUUGGGUUAGCCUGCAAGAGAGCUUUGACAAGAUUAACAGGCAACUGGAGAAAGUGAUGUUGGUUGUCGAGUCUGCUAGAGUGCCCAAGAUUUACAUUGGAGCUCUUGUGAUGUUAGAGGACUUUCUGAAUCAAUCCUUAGCUGAUUAUAAGGAGGCCAAGAAAAAGAUGAGUCCUAGCAAUGCUAAGGCAUUGAAUUCGAUGAAGCAGAGGCUUAAGAAGAACAACAAGCAGUAUGAGGAGUUGGUUAACAAAUAUAGGAAGAAUCCUGCAGAUCUUGAAGAUGAUAAAUUGUUUGAAGAGCUUAAAGUACCUGUUCUAGAUGGGGGUAAAAAAGCUCGAAGUAAUCCAAUGUCAGAAGCAAGAGUACCAAUCAACGACGACCCUAAUCAAAUCACCUGGGAUUCAACCAACAAGAAGUUCAAGGAAACUGUAGCCAUUAGAGGAAGAAAAGGAACGGGAAGGAUGGAGUUAGUUGAGCAGCUCACAUUCUUGACCCGAGUUUCCAAGACUCCAGCUCAGAAGCUUCAGAUUCUCUUUAGUCUUGUGUCGGCCCAAUUUGAUGUUACUCAAAGUCUAGACUCACACAUGUCUGUUAAUGUUUGGAAAAAAUGUGUCCAUAACAUGCUUACUAUUCUUGAUAUCUUGACUCAAUAUCCAAACAUUGUGGUUGAUGACAAGGUGGAACCAGAUGAAAGCGAGACACAAAAGGGAGCUGAUUAUGAGGGCACUAUUCGGGUUUGGGGAAAUUUGGUUGCUUUCUUAGAAAGAAUAGAUGUGGAAUUCUUUAAGAGUUUGCAGGUUAUUGAUCCACACACGCGUGAAUAUAUUGAGAGGCUCCGUGAUGAACCUCUGUUAGCAGUUCUUUCUCAAAACAUUCAGGAAUAUUUGGAGAGGGCUGGUAAUAAGAGGGGUGCUGCUAAGGUUGCUCUCAAACGGGUUGAACUUAUAUACUACAAAACAGAGAAGGUUUAUCUUGCAAUGAGGGAUAUGGUUGGACAAAUUCCGGAGCCAAAUGUGGAUGGCACUACGGCUCUGCCAUCAUUGGUGGCAACUCCAGUUCUUGUGCCUCGGGAACCCAUCUUUCCAGAGAGCGGUAGGAAUUUGAUGGACACCCUUGUUUCAGUCGUAUACAAGUCUGGUGAUGAUCGAAUGAAGGCCCGUGCAGUGCUUUCUGAUAUUUACCACCAUGCUAUUCACGACGAAUUUACUAUAUCCCGGGAUUUGCUGUUUAUGAGUCACUUGCAGGAGAAUGUUCAGAAUAUGGAUACUUCAACUCAAAUAUUAUUUAACAGGGCAAUGGCACAGCUUGGUUUGUGUGCAUUUAGGGCCGGGCUCAUAGCUGAAGGGCAUAGUUGCCUUUCUGAAUUGUACUCUACUGGCAGAGCGAAGGAGUUACUCGCCCAAGGAAUCUACCAAAGCAGAUUUCAUGAAAAGACACCGGAACAGGAACGGAAGGAAAAAAGGCGGCAGAUGCCGUAUCAUAUGCACAUAAACCUUGAACUUCUUGAGGCAGUCCAUCUGAUAUGUGCCAUGCUGCUCGAGGUUCCUAACAUGGCGGCCAAUCACCACGACACAAAGCACAAGGUUAUAAGCAAGACUUUCAGAAGGGUGCUUGAGUUUAGUGAGAGGCAAACAUUUACCGGCCCUCCUGAAACUGUGAGAGAUCAUGUAAUGGCAGCAACCAGGGCACUCAGGCAAGGAGACUUUGAGAGUGCCUUUAAUCAUAUUAACUCACUUGAUGUUUGGAGGCUGCUUCGCAACCAGGACGAUGUUCUUGGAAUGUUAAAGGCCAAAAUCAAGGAAGAGGCACUCCGUACAUAUUUGUUGACAUAUUCAUCUUCGUAUGAUUGUCUCAGCCUGGAUCAGCUAGCCCGAAUGUUUGAUCUUUCUGAUACACAAACUCAUAGAAUCGUCAGCAGGAUGAUGAUCACCUCUGAGCUUGAUGCGAGGUGGGACCAGCCAGCCCGAUGCAUUGUUUUCCACCAUGUUGAGCACAGCCGGUUGCGAACUUUGGUUCACCAAUUGGCUGAGAAGCUGCCUGUCAUUGCUGAAAGCAACGAGAGAGCCAUGGAGACACGAAUUGGAUUGGACUCUGCUCCCGCAGCUGCCUCAUCUGAUGGUGGUAGAAACUAUUCCUCAGGUCAAGCUGGCGGCUAUUCUAGGGACAGUGCGGCUUCUCAAUCCCGUCGAGGAGUUGGGAGAAGUUACCAUGGUGGUUCUGCUCCCAGGGUACGCCAGAUGGAAUAUGGUUCCAGUCGUAUGGUUAGACUUAACAGGGGAAUUCUUGCAUAGUAGAGUUCAAAAACAUAACAAGAGAUAUUAUCAGCAUUUCUGUUGAAUUUAUUGCUGCAAGCUUUUAUCUUUCCAAUUAUUCUGUUAUCUGGAGUAUGAUUUUGGUCGUUUCUGAACUAUUUUAUUAGUCUUUUGAAAGGUUUCCUUCUUGUUGUUAUCAAUAGUUUUUAUCAUCUUGUUUUAUCAUAUAGUACUGUCUUAAAUUAUUAUAUUCUCUCUUUCUCAAAAUGUACAUAAUUUGGUCGCUAAC